AUGGUUGAGGACGUGAAACUAAUGAAAGACAUUGGGAUGAAUGUCUUCAGAUUUUCCAUUUCUUGGGCAAGAGUAUUACCUAGUGGCAUGCUAAGCGGAGGAGUGAACAGUGAAGGAGUUGCCUUUUAUAACAGUCUCAUGAAUGAGCUUCUUGCAAAUGGUAUUCAACCUUUUGUCACACUUUCUCAUUGACCCCAAGCCUUAGAAAAAGAAUAUGGAGGCUUUUUUAACCCCAACAUUAUGGAGGACUUCAAGGACUAUGCAGAAUUUUUUUUUCAAGAAUAUGGUGAUAGGGUCAAGCAUUGGUACUAUAACGAGCCGUAUGUUUACAUUUUUUCGAGUUAUGACUUGGGUGUCAUGGCACCUAGACAAUGUUCUGCAUGGAGAAAUAACAGUUGCCCAACUGGGAAUUCUGUAACAGAACCUUACAUAGUUGCUCAUAAUAUGCUUAUUUCUCAUCUCAUGCAAAAACAGCCAAAGUGUACAUGGAGAAAUACUAAGUGA